AUGUCUUCAUACGGCGGCAGCGGUGGUUACCAGCGCGAUUCUUAUCGCUCUAGACAGAACGGCGCCGGCGGCGGUGGCGGUUACUCCAACGGCUACUCCAACGGUGGUGGCGGCGGCUACGGAGGUGGUGGCUAUGGUGGAGGUGGUUACGGUGGUGGUGGUGGUGGUUAUGGACGCGGUGGUGGUGCUGCCGGUGGUGCUGGUGGCGACCGUAUGUCUAACCUAGGAGCUGGCUUGAAGAAGCAAGAUUGGGAUCUGGACACCCUCCCCAAAUUCGAGAAGUCUUUCUACAAGGAGCACCCCGAUGUUGCAAACCGUUCUCAGCGCGAGGUCGAUGAGUUCCGGAAGAAGUGCGAAAUGACUGUGCAGGGAAGAAACGUUCCUCGCCCCGUCGAGACUUUCGACGAGGCCGGUUUCCCCCAGUACGUUCUGAGCGAAGUCAAGGCUCAGGGUUUUGAGAAGCCCACGUCUAUCCAGUCCCAGGGUUGGCCUAUGGCUCUUUCUGGUCGCGAUGUUGUCGGUAUUGCCGAGACCGGCUCCGGAAAGACCCUUUCAUACUGUCUCCCCGCUAUCGUCCACAUUAACGCCCAGCCCCUUCUUGCUCCGGGCGACGGUCCUAUCGUCCUUGUCCUCGCCCCCACUCGUGAAUUGGCUGUCCAAAUUCAGACUGAGAUCACAAAGUUCGGAAAGUCCUCUCGCAUCAGGAACACUUGCGUUUACGGUGGUGUUCCCAAGGGUCCUCAGAUCCGUGAUCUGUCCCGUGGUGUCGAAGUUUGCAUUGCUACUCCCGGUCGUCUGAUCGAUAUGCUUGAGGCUGGCCGUACUAACCUUCGCCGUGUUACUUACCUUGUCCUUGACGAGGCUGAUCGCAUGCUGGACAUGGGUUUCGAGCCCCAGAUUCGCAAGAUCAUUGGCCAGAUUCGCCCUGACCGUCAGACUUGCAUGUGGUCCGCUACAUGGCCCAAGGAAGUCCGCCAGCUCGCCAGCGACUUCCUCAACGACUACAUUCAGGUUAACAUUGGUUCCAUGGAUCUGUCUGCUAACCACCGCAUCACACAAAUCGUUGAAGUUGUUUCAGACUUCGAGAAGCGCGACAAGAUGAUCAAGCAUCUCGAGAAGAUCAUGGAGAACCGCGGAAACAAGUGCCUUAUCUUCACUGGUACUAAGCGUAUUGCCGACGAAAUUACUCGCUUCCUCCGCCAGGACGGAUGGCCAGCCCUUUCCAUCCACGGUGACAAGCAACAACAAGAAAGAGAUUGGGUCUUGAACGAAUUCAAGACGGGCAAGAGCCCCAUCAUGGUGGCUACUGAUGUGGCUUCUCGUGGUAUUGAUGUUCGCGACAUCACCCAUGUCCUGAAUUAUGACUACCCCAACAACUCAGAAGACUACGUUCACCGUAUUGGUCGAACCGGUCGUGCUGGUGCCAAGGGAACCGCCAUUACCUUCUUCACCACUGACAACUCUAAGCAGGCUCGUGACUUGGUUACUAUCCUCUCUGAGGCCAAGCAGCAGAUUGAUCCCCGUCUCGCCGAGAUGGUCCGCUACAGCGGCGGCGGCGGCCACGGUGGUGGCUAUGGCCGUUGGGGUGGUCGUGGUGGCGGCCGCGGUCGUGGUGGUAAUAACUUCACUGCUUCCAACGCAGCUCCUAUUGGUGGCAACCGUCGCUGGUAG